CGAAAAAAAGAGAAAGAGAAAGAGUUUGGUCUUGGAUUUGGUUAUCUUUUUCUUGGCGAGAGGUUUGUUCGGAGACGACGAUGGCCGCGAAGUCAAACCCCACCGUUGCCUAAUCACCACGAUCCUACUCCGGCGAUCACCGGAGAACGCUACUCGGAUGGUCUUUUCUACCGCCGGUGGCCUCGGCGGGUGGGCGGGCGGCAGGAGACGGAGGUUAAGGGCGGGGCUGCUGCUGCUGCUCGCCGGUGGUUCAACGGUCGUUGGGAGAGCGAGAAGAGGAUGAGGAAGGGUAAGGGUAGUGGUAGUGGUGGUGGUGGUGGCCGGAAUGGGCUGUUUCCUCACUCUCUUAGGAUCAUCUCGUCUUGCCUCAAGACGGUGUCAGCGAACGCUGGGUCUGUUGCUUCUACAGUCCGAUCGGCCGGUGCCUCUGUCGCUGCCUCGAUCGCCGUCCCUGCCGAGGAGGAGAAAGAUCAGGUUCUAUGGGCUGGAUUUGACAAGCUAGAACUUGGUCCAUCUUCCUUCAAACAUGUUCUUCUGCUAGGCUAUUCUAAUGGAUUUCAAGUACUUGAUGUUGAGGAUGCCUCCAGUGUAUGUGAACUUGUAUCAAAACGUGAUGGCCCAGUUACAUUCCUACAGAUGCAGCCCACUCCUGCAAAAUCAGAUAGUAGUGAAGGAUUUAAGGCAUCACAUCCCUUGCUAUUGGUUGUUGCUGGCGAUGAAACCAAGGGAAUGGGUACGGUUCAAGGUGGCCGUCUGAGUGCAUUAAUCAAGGAGACCACAAAAGAGCCUCAACCAGGAAAUUGCUUUUCCACUCCUACCGUUGUUCGGUUCUACUCGCUUAAAUCUCACAGCUAUGUUCAUGUUCUGAGAUUUCGAUCUGCUGUAUAUAUGGUCCGAUGCAGCCCUCGAAUAGUUGCCAUUGCCCUUGCAGCACAAAUAUAUUGCUUUGAUGCAUUGACUCUUGAGAAUAAAUUCAGUGUCUUGACUUAUCCUUUACAAGGAGCAGCUGGGUUUAACAUUGGUUAUGGACCUAUGGCUGUUGGUCCAAGGUGGUUAGCUUAUGCUCCCAACAAUCCUUUGCUGUCUAAUACUGCACGCCUCAGUCCACAGAACCUAACACCCUCUCCAGGUGUUAGCCCAUCAACAUCACCUGGCAAUGGUAGUUUAGUUGCUCGUUAUGCUAUGGAGUCAAGUAAACAUUUGGCUGCUGGAAUUCUUAAUCUAGGUGAUAUGGGAUACAAAACUUUGUCAAAAUACUGUCAAGAGCUUUUACCUGAUGGUUCCACUUCUCCUUUAUCAACAGGUUCAAGCAGGAAGGUUGGAAGACUUCCGCCUUCAGCUCAUCUUAGUGAGGCUGAUAAUGCAGGAAUGGUCGUGGUCAAGGAUUUUGUCUCGAAAGAGGUCAUUUCACAAUUCAGGGCUCACACAAGCCCAAUAUCUGCUUUGUGUUUUGACCCUAGUGGUACACUUCUGGUUACAACUUCAGUACAUGGACACAAUAUAAAUGUCUUCAGGAUUAUGCCAAGGCCCAUGCCAAAUAGUUCAAAUCCAGUUUGUUAUGAUUGGGCUAAUUCUCACGUCCAUCUUUACAAACUUUAUCGGGGUAUUACAGCAGCUGUCAUACAAGACAUUUGUUUUAGUCCCUCUAGCCAGUGGAUAGCGAUUGUUUCAUCCAGGGGUACCUGUCAUAUAUUCGUUUUAUCCCCUUUUGGUGGUGAUGCUAUUCUUCUGCCACAAAGUCCGAACUGUGAUGGGCCAAUUCUUGUUCCUAAUCUUACAUCACCAUGGUGGUCAACUUCAUCGUACAAUACUGAUCAGCAAUUUCUUCUUCCGCCUCCUCCCCCCACUACACUUUCUGUGGUUAGUAGGAUAAAAAAUGGUAACAGUGGAUGGCUCAACACAGUUAGCAAUGUUGCUGCAUCUGCAGCUGGAAAAGUACUUGUGCCAUCAGGUGCUAUUGCAGCUGUUUUCCACAAUUCCAUAUAUCGUGAUAAUUUACCAGCUCAUUUGAAGGCUAAUUCCUUGGAAAAUCUUCUGGUUUAUUCUCCAUCUGGCCAUUUAGUUCAGCAUGUGCUUGUCCCAUCUUUGGGUGCUGAGUCAUGUGAUGACAGCUCAGGAACUGGAGCCAGCCCCCUUUUGCAACUUCAGGAUGAUGAGUUACAUGUAAAUGCUGAACCAGUUCAAUGGUGGGAUGUAUGUAGAAAAAUGAAUUGGCCUGAAAGAGAAGAAAGUGUUUCAAACAUUGUCUUGGAUAAGCAGCAAAACACUAAUAUGGCUAUUUAUCCAUCUGAUUUUGAAGAUAAUGAUGCUAUAUUUUCUGUGUCACCAACUGGUAUCCCUGUCUGUAAGGAACGUACAGAAUCUUGUGCAAGACCUCACUGGUAUCUAUCUAAUGCAGAAGUACAGAUUAACUCAUGCAGAAUACCAAUAUGGCAGAAACCAAAGAUUUGCUUCUAUGUGAUGACCCCGAGAGCAAGCAGUGAACCCACUGAUGAUUUUGCUGGUGAAGAACUUGAAAUUGAGAGGUUACCAAACCAUGAGGUUGAAAUUAGAAGAAAGAAUUUGCUUCCUGUUUUCGAGCAAUUUCAAGGUGUCCAAUCAGAUUGGAAUGACAGGAAUCUUACUGGAGGAAGAUGUUGGAAUUCAUCUACAGAGACUAUCUUGUCUCUUACAGAUAAUAGGAUGAUGAAGAAUGAUGCUGGUAUUAUGGACUCGAGACCUGCAUCUCUUGCAUCUGGGCCAGAUAUCGGUCCUUGUAAACCUCGAAGCUUGCACCCAGAAACUGUCCAGAGCCCAUCCCUUAUGGCUUGUUGUGGGGGAGAAGAUGGUGUAGGAUUGAUGACUCCAGGAACCCAAUUAACUGCAUCCACCACAGCACCAGAAAUAUGCUGUGACAAAAAUUGCUCCCCUUUCCAUUAUGAACACUACUGCAGUGACUCCCCUACAGAUAGCUCUCUUAUAAAUAGCUUUUCCAACUCUGGAAGUAGCUCAUCACCUGUUGUUAGACUCUGCAAUAAAGAGGCUCAGUCUUCAAGCAGUGAAAUUACGGAACAAGUUGGUACUGUUGAUUCGUUUAAUUCAAUGGAGUUCACUCAGUAUCUCCAUGAAGGCUAUUGCAAAAUAUCAGAACUCAAUGACUGUUGUGAGUUAACUGAAGCUGUCACUGAUGUUGACAGCAGCAGCAGCCACUGCGAGAGAGAAAAGCCUGAGGAAGAUGGUGACAAUGAUGAGAUGUUGGGAGGUGUAUUUGCCUUCUGCGAAGAAGGUUGAAUACCACGCCCUGUCAAUCCCAAUGUAGAUGGAACAUACAACCCCCUCACCAUUUUUAUAAUCAAGUAUUUUCUGGAAAGGUUGUCUUCGCCCCCAUACAGUGACCUACUUGUACUCUAUGACCAUAAGUUCUUUAUGGUGUUCUCUUGUUGGUAUUCAAAAAGUAAGAUAAAAUUUUUUUCAUUUUCUUGAUGAUGGACGUGAUUGGAGGCAAUCACAAGAAAAUCUUCCUGCUGUUUUAUGUCAUCCCUGGUAUUCACCUGUACAUUCUGUAGAAUUGGAUGUGUAACUAGUAUUUAGAUCUCGCAUUUAUGUUUCCCUACCUCAAGAUGAUGAAGAGUCUUCAUCAACGUCUGAUUGUAUAGAUGUGAGUUGUGUUAAAAAACUAGUUCUUAGGCUGAUUCAUGGCCAACUUUGGUUUGAGCAUUUUAACCAAUCUAGUUGUUAUGUUCAUGUAUUGCUUUAUUAUUGAAAAUAAUGAUGCCUUGUUAAACCUUUUUUGCA